CCCGUGCGCCCGUCUCCCGGCCGUGGGUAGCCCCGGCGCCGGCGCGGGGAUGGACGGCCCCGGGGCCAGCGCUGUGGUCGUGCGCGUCGGCAUCCCGGACCUGCAGCAGACGAAGUGUCUGCGCCUGGACCCGACCGCACCCGUGUGGGCCGCCAAGCAGCGCGUGCUCUGCGCCCUCAACCACAGCCUGCAGGACGCGCUCAACUACGGGCUCUUCCAGCCGCCCUCCAGGGGCCGUGCCGGCAAGUUCCUGGAUGAGGAACGGCUCCUGCAAGAGUACCCUCCCAACCUGGACACGCCCCUGCCCUACCUGGAGUUUCGAUACAAGCGGCGUGUUUAUGCCCAGAACCUCAUUGAUGACAAGCAGUUUGCAAAGCUGCACACAAAGGCAAACCUGAAGAAAUUCAUGGACUAUGUCCAGCUGCACAGCACAGACAAGGUGGCCCGUCUUCUGGACAAGGGGCUAGACCCCAAUUUCCAUGACCCUGAUUCAGGAGAGUGCCCUCUGAGUCUUGCGGCCCAGUUAGACAAUGCCACGGACCUGCUGAAGGUGCUGAGGAAUGGUGGUGCUCACCUGGACUUCCGCACUCGAGAUGGGCUAACUGCCGUGCACUGUGCCACCCGGCAGCGGAAUGCAGGGGCAUUGACGACCCUGUUGGACCUGGGUGCUUCACCUGACUACAAGGAUAGCCGCGGCCUGACACCCCUGUACCACAGUGCCCUGGGUGGCGGGGAUGCCCUCUGCUGUGAGCUGCUUCUCCAUGACCAUGCGCAGCUGGGGACCACGGAUGAGAAUGGCUGGCAGGAGAUCCACCAGGCCUGUCGCUUCGGGCACGUGCAACACCUGGAGCACCUGCUGUUCUACGGAGCCAACAUGGGUGCCCAGAAUGCCUCAGGAAACACAGCACUGCAUAUCUGUGCUCUCUACAACCAGGAGAGUUGUGCUCGCGUCCUGCUCUUCCGAGGAGCCAACAAGGAUGUUCGCAAUUACAACAGCCAGACGGCCUUCCAGGUGGCCAUCAUUGCGGGGAACUUUGAGCUGGCAGAGGUCAUCAAGACUCACAAAGACUCAGAUGUUGUACCAUUCAGGGAAACCCCCAGCUAUGCGAAACGGCGGAGACUGGCUGGCCCCAGUGGCUUGGCAUCCCCUCGGCCUCUGCAGCGCUCAGCCAGCGACAUCAACCUGAAGGGCGAGGCACAGCCGGCAGCCUCUCCUGGGCCCUCUCUGCGAAGCCUCCCCCACCAGCUGCUGCUCCAGCGGCUGCAGGAGGAGAAAGACCGCGAUCGUGAUGGUGACCAGGAGAAUGACGUCAGUGGCCCUUCAAGCAGGGGCAGCCAGAGCAAGAUCAGCCCCAGCGGGCCCGGCGGCCCCGGCCCUGCGCCCGGUCCGGGCCCUGCGCCCCCCGCGUCCCCCGCGCCGCCGCCCCGGGGCCCGAAGAGGAAACUUUACAGCGCCGUCCCCGGCCGCAAGUUCAUCGCGGUGAAGGCGCACAGCCCGCAGGGCGAGGGCGAGAUCCCGCUGCACCGCGGCGAGGCCGUGAAGGUGCUCAGCAUCGGGGAAGGCGGCUUCUGGGAGGGGACCGUGAAGGGUCGCACAGGCUGGUUCCCAGCUGACUGUGUGGAGGAGGUGCAGAUGCGACAGUAUGACACGAGGCGUGAAACCCGGGAGGACCGGACGAAGCGGCUUUUCCGCCACUACACGGUGGGCUCCUAUGACAGCCUCACUUCACACAGUGACUACGUCAUCGAUGACAAGGUGGCUGUCCUACAGAAACGGGAACACGAGGGCUUUGGCUUCGUGCUCCGGGGGGCCAAAGCAGAGACCCCCAUCGAGGAGUUCACGCCCACGCCGGCCUUCCCCGCGCUCCAGUACCUGGAGUCGGUGGACGUGGAGGGUGUGGCCUGGAGGGCGGGACUGCGCACCGGAGACUUCCUCAUCGAGGUGAACGGGGUGAAUGUGGUGAAGGUUGGACACAAGCAGGUGGUGGCCCUGAUCCGCCAGGGUGGCAACCGCCUGGUGAUGAAGGUCGUGUCUGUGACCAGGAAGCCAGAGGAGGACGGGGCUCGGCGCAGAGCCCCACCCCCCCCGAAGAGGGCUCCCAGCACCACACUGACCCUGCGCUCCAAGUCCAUGACUGCCGAACUCGAGGAACUCGCCUCCAUUCGGAGAAGAAAAGGGGAGAAGCUGGAUGAGAUCCUGGCAGCUGCGGCAGAGCCGGCACUGAGGCCAGACAUUGCAGACGCCGACUCCAGAGCGGCCACUGUCAAGCARCGGCCCACCAGCCGGAGGAUCACCCCUGCUGAGAUCAGUUCAUUGUUUGAGCGCCAGGGCCUCCCAGGCCCAGAGAAGCUGCCGGGCUCUCUGCGGAAGGGGAUUCCACGGACCAAGUCUGUAGGGGAGGAUGAGAAGCUGGCGUCCCUCCUGGAAGGGCGCUUCCCUAGGAGCACAUCGAUGCAGGACUCUGGGCGUGAGGGGCGCGGCAUCCCGCCCCCGCCACAGACCGCGCCUCCGCCCCCGCCAGCACCCUACUACUUCGACUCGGGGCCGCCCCCUGCCUUCUCUCCACCACCCCCGCCGGGCAGAGCCUAUGACACGGUACGCUCCAGCUUCAAGCCAGGCCUGGAGGCACGCCUGGGGGCGGGGACGGCCGGCCUCUACGAGCCCGGCGCGCCCCUGGGCCCACUGCCCUAUCCCGAGCGGCAGAAGCGCGCGCGCUCGAUGAUCAUCCUGCAGGACUCGGCGCCGGAAGCAGGUGACAUCCCCCGGCCCGGGCCCGCAGCCACACCGCCUGAGCGCCCGAAGCGCAGGCCUCGGCCACCCGGCCCMGACAGCCCCUACGCCAACCUGGGCGCCUUCAGCGCCAGCCUCUUCGCGCCGUCCAAGCCACAGCGCCGCAAGAGCCCGCUGGUGAAGCAGCUGCAGGUGGAGGAUGCACAGGAGCGAGCGGCCCUGGCUGUGGGUAGUCCUGGCCCAGGCGGAGGCAGCUUCGCCAGGGAGCCGUCCCCGACGCACCGCGGCCCCCGGCCGGGCGGCCUCGACUAUGGCUCCGGGGACAGCCUGGGACUCGCGUUUGGGGGCCCAGGCCCGGGUGCGGGCCCUGGCAAGGAGCGUCGGCUUGAGGAACGGCGUCGCUCCACGGUGUUCCUGUCAGUGGGUGCCAUCGAGGGCAGCCCCCCCAGUGCUGACUUGCCAUCUUUGCAGCCCUCACGCUCCAUAGAUGAGCGCCUCCUGGGGACCGGCGCCACCACCACCGGCCGCGACCUGCUGCUCCCUUCCCCAGUCUCUGCUCUGAAGCCAUUGGUCAGUGGUCCCAGUCUUGGGCCCUCRGGCUCCACCUUCAUCCACCCACUCACUGGCAAACCCUUGGACCCUAGCUCACCCUUGGCCCUGGCUCUGGCUGCCCGAGAACGAGCUCUGGCCUCACAGGCACCCUCCCGGUCCCCCACACCCGUGCACAGCCCUGAUGCAGAGCGCCCUGGACCCCUGUUUGUGGAUGUACAGGCCCGGGAUUCAGAGCGAGGGGCCUUGGCCUCUCCAGCUUUUUCCCCGAGGAGCCCAGCCUGGAUUCCUGUACCUGCCCGAAGGGAGGUAGAGAAGGCCCCCAGGGAGGAGCGUAAGUCACCCGAGGACAAGAAGUCCAUGAUCCUCAGCGUCUUGGAUACUUCACUGCAGCGGCCAGCUGGCCUCAUCGUUGUGCAUGCCACCAGCAAUGGGCAGGAGCCCAGCAGGUUGGGAGCUGAAGAGGAGCGCCCGGGCACCCCAGAGCUGGCCCCGGCUCCCAUGCAGACUGCAUCGGUGACAGAGCCCCUGCCUAGCCCCCGGGCCCAGCCCCCAGGCAGCACCCCAACAGACCCUGGACCAGGCCAGGGCAGCUCAGAAGAGGAGCCAGAGCUGGUGUUUGCUGUGAACCUGCCGCCUGCUCAACUGUCCUCCAGUGAUGAGGAGACCAGGGAGGAGUUGGCCCGCAUUGGGCUGGUGCCACCCCCUGAAGAGUUUGCCAAUGGAAUCCUGCUGGCCACCCCACCCCCUGGCCCGGGCCCAUUGCCCACCACGGUGCCCAGCCCGGCCUCAGGGAAGCCCAGCAGUGAGCCACCCCCUGCCCCUGAGUCUGCAGCCGACUCUGGCGUGGAGGAGGCUGACACUCGAAGUUCCAGUGACCCCCACUUGGAGACCACAAGCACCAUCUCCACCGUGUCCAGCAUGUCCACCCUGAGCUCAGAGAGCGGGGAACUCACCGACACCCACACCUCCUUCGCUGAUGGACAUACUUUUCUACUCGAGAAGCCACCAGUGCCUCCCAAGCCCAAGCUCAAGUCCCCGCUGGGGAAGGGGCCGGUGACCUUCAGGGACCCGCUGCUGAAGCAGUCCUCGGACAGCGAGCUUAUGGCCCAGCAGCACCAUGCCGCCUCUGCCGGGCUGGCCUCUGCCGCCGGGCCCGCCCGCCCUCGCUACCUCUUCCAGAGAAGGUCCAAGCUGUGGGGGGACCCCGUGGAGAGCCGGGGGCUCCCUGGGCCUGAAGACGACAAACCGACUGUGAUCAGCGAACUCAGCUCCCGCCUGCAACAGCUGAACAAAGACACGCGCUCCCUGGGGGAGGAGCCAGCUGGUGGCCUGGGUGGCCUGCUGGACCCCACCAAGAAGUCACCCAUCGCAGCAGCUCGGCUCUUCAGCAGCCUCGGUGAGCUGAGCACCAUCUCAGCGCAGCAGCGCAGCCCCGGGGGCCCGGGCAGCGGGGCCUCCUACUCKGUGCGGCCCAGCGGCCGCUACCCCGUGGCGCGACGCGCCCCGAGCCCAGUGAAGCCCGCGUCGCUGGAGCGGGUGGAGGGGCUGGGGGCGGGCGCGGGAGGCGCGGGGCGGCCCUUCGGCCUCACGCCUCCCACCAUCCUCAAGUCGUCCAGCCUCUCCAUUCCGCACGAGCCCAAGGAGGUGCGCUUCGUGGUGCGCAGCGUGAGUGCGCGCAGCCGCUCCCCUUCGCCGUCACCGCUGCCCUCGCCUGCGCCUGGCCCUGGCCCCGGCGCCCCCGGCCCGCGUCGGCCCUUCCAGCAGAAGCCGCUGCAGCUCUGGAGCAAGUUUGAUGUGGGCGACUGGCUGGAGAGCAUCCACCUAGGCGAACACCGCGACCGCUUCGAGGACCACGAGAUCGAGGGCGCGCACCUGCCCGCACUCACCAAGGACGACUUCGUGGAGCUGGGCGUCACGCGCGUGGGCCACCGCAUGAACAUCGAACGCGCGCUCAGGCAGCUGGAAGGCAGCUGACGCCCUACCCCCAACUCCCGUUCCAGCUGCGCCCUGCGGGCAGGGCUCCCCACCCCCACCCCAACCCCGGGCCGCGGGCUCGGCCUGCCCCCUACGACGGCGCCCGGGCCAGGAAUGUUGCAUGAAUCGUCCCGUUUGCUGUUGCUCGGAGACUUGCCCUGUACAUUGCUUAGUGCCCUCCCCUGCCCUGCUGCCGAGCCCCACCCAGCACACAGAAAGGGCACGGACCAGGGAGGCUGGGGCGGGAGUUGGUUGGGGGUGGGGUGCUCUGGCCUGACCACCACCUUCACAGCUCCGGGUGGCCAUUCUCCCAGAGGGGGAAACUAGUCCAGCAUGCGAGGUCAGGACACGCCUUGGUGACUCGGGGGGAGGGGGGAGACAUUGGGGUUCUAGAUGGGGGCCAAGGAGCCCCCUGUUUUGCAUAUUUUAAUCCACUCUAUAUUUGGAACGAGAAAAGGAACAAAUAUCUCUGUCCGUAAUAGUUCCCGCCCCCUUUUCCCCUAUCCCUCCCGCUGGUCCCACUGCAGCUGCCCAGUCUUCCAUCUCCGGCCCCUCACUGCCACCCCAUACGGGGCAGGGGACACUCCAGCUGGUCUGGGGUUGGCCAGGGUCCUGGCGGCCCACCCUGGGGCCCCAGCUCGGCUCCCUUCCCUGGCUGAGCUACAGUGUGCCCCACCCACCCUUCAGGUGCUGCUCGGGGGCGGGGGGAGGGGGCAGGGGCGGCCCGCAUCGGGUCCUGCUGGACACCAGCAGGGCCCUGUGGCCUGGGAGACCAUUGCCCUGGGGCUGGGGCUGGGCCCUAGCACUCUACCCCUAGCCAUCUUCCUCACAGGGUCUCUCCCCAAGAAGGGGUCCAGCAUCCUCUCCAUGUUCUUGGGCAACUACAGCAGAGAAGCCUCCCUGCCUUGGACCCCAAAGUCUCCUGUUGUUACCCUGUGUGUGUGCACACCUGUGUGCGUGUGAAACCCGGGUGCCACUAGCACGUGGGAGCCCUGUGUGUGCCUGUGGAGUGGCCUCCUGGGGCUGCUCUAGACUGGUGUGGGGGCUGUGGAAAUGUCGGAUGGGUGUGUGCAUGGGUGUGUGCCUGUGAAAGCACCCCGUCUCCUCUUCCAAAGAAAGCCAGGCCAGCUUGCCCCUGGGCCCUGCUGUUUGCCCAGCCUGUCCUUCCAGAGCCUCCCCAAGCCUGAGCGGAUUCGUGGCUGAAUUCCUGCUGCUUGGGGAGGCCCAAGGGCCCCCUGGAGGCAGUGCCCCUCUUUGGGCUUCUGAGGGGAUCAUGGGGUCCCCUAGAGUCAUGCCACCACAGGCCCUGGGGAGAGUCAGAGACCCUCGAGGGUGCCCCAGCCCCCCUACUGUGACUCCUCACACUCAGCAAUGGCCUGUGGGGUGGGGGGCCUGGGGCGUUUUUAAACCUAGGGUUUGGAGUCUGGACUAAGCUCCAUCCACGUCACUCACAAGUUUCUGUUUAUAUUUCUAGCUUUUUUUAAUAAAAAAAAAAAGAAAAAAGAAAACAGAAGUUUUCACAGCCCAGGGGCCUGGCACGCCGGUCUGUGCCUGCCCCUCCCUGGCCCACCGGCCCCCUUCCCUGGGCUCAGAGUCGCACCCACUAACCCUCUCACCAACAGACCAGGUCACACACAGCAGCGGUCACUGUAACAGACUGCCACAUACACACUCAGUCUCACACUCACCUGUGGGUUUUCUGUUCCGUUCAAUUUGGGUUUUUAACUUUACAGGGUCAGUUCUGCUUCACCCCUCCUUUUGUAUGGAGUUCCAUCCAGGGGCUUUCACCCCCUGCUCCAGUCCUGAGGCCUCCUGACCCUGACGUUGUGAUACACCCCACAGAGAUCUAUGUUUCUUAUAUUAUUAUUGAUAAUAAUUAUUAUAAUAUUAUGUAAUAAAUUUAUAAGAAAUGAA